UUUUCUCCAGGAUAUAUUGAUUAUUUUCAUUUUGCAAUAACAAACAAGUUGCACACAAAAAUUCAACAAAAAUUAGAAAAAAACAAAUUUAUACAUUUUACAAUAAAUUAAAUUAAUGCAUUUAAGAAUUAACGCUUUUCCAUUCCAUGUACACAAAAUACUACAACAACAAAUACUGUUUUAAGGUUUUUAACAAAAAAGCUAUUGAAUGCUUAUUGAAUCCUAUCGAGAUUACAUUGUUGACUUAGUGACCCAGUGCAGUAUGAAGCGUCAAAAUGUUCGGACGCUGUCAUUGGUGGUUUGCACUUUUACGUAUUUACUAAUUGGUGCUGCCGUCUUCGAUAGUUUGGAAUCUGAUUUCGAAUCAAAACGUUGGGACUUUUUGCAAGCCGUUAAAAAUAACUUUGUUAAGAAGUAUAAUGUUUCUACCGAGGAUUUUCGUAUGAUGGAAAUUGUAAUAAUUGAAAAUAAACCACAUAAGGCAGGGCCACAGUGGAAAUUUGCCGGUGCUUUUUAUUUUGCCACAGUUGUGUUGGCGAUGAUUGGUUAUGGGCACUCGACGCCUGUGACAAUUGGUGGAAAGGCCUUUUGUAUGGCAUAUGCAAUGGUUGGCAUACCACUGGGUUUAGUUAUGUUCCAAUCGAUUGGUGAACGUUUGAAUAAAUUUGCAUCGGUUAUCAUAAGAAAAGCUAAACGUUAUAUGCAAUGUACCCAUACCGAAGCCACAGAAAUGAAUCUUAUGUUGGCUACCGGCAUGUUAUCUUCGAUUAUAAUCACUACCGGAGCAGCGGUGUUUUCGCGUUAUGAAGGUUGGAGUUAUUUUGAUAGUUUCUAUUAUUGUUUUGUCACUUUAACCACCAUUGGUUUUGGUGAUUAUGUGGCUUUGCAAAACGAUCAGGCUCUCAUGAAUAAACCCGGUUAUGUUGCUUUGAGUUUGGUAUUUAUAUUAUUCGGUUUAGCGGUGGUAGCUGCUAGCAUUAAUUUGUUGGUCUUGCGCUUUAUGACCAUGCAAGCGGAAGAUGCUAAGCGAGAUGAACAGGAUGCCCAAAAUCAAAUUGCCGCCAAUCAACCGGUUACUUUCGAUACCGAACACAGCUAUAAUGUGCAUGGCAAACUAUUGAAUAGUUCUAAUUAUAUGACCGAAUUUGAGGAGACCGCAUCGAUUUGCUCCUGCACCUGCUUGGGUGGUACACGCUGUAUGAAUCAUGAAACAUUUGCUGAUCCUGAUUUUCGACCUACUGAUAUUAUUGCCAGUACCAUUAGUCUAAAGCGUGCCUCAGUUUGAUAUCAAUCUUUGCCUGAUUUGGCUGAAUGUGAUUGUUAUCGUACGUCAUCCCAUUGUUAUUUGAAUUGUUGUGCCAAAAAUGAAACUUCCAAAUCAUCAGAAUGUAUUGGUUAUAGAAUUUUGAAAUAUUCUUCCGAUAGUCCUUGCUGUAGUACACCAUAAUUCCAAAACCCCAAAACCCACUUUGUAUUCUUCCGGAAAUAUAUACAAAAUUGUAUGUAAUGUAUUUAAAAUUUUUAAAAAAUAAUAAAAACAUUAAUAUAAAUAUUCAUUCGUUAGAUAAAAG